AUGCUACCGGAAAUCUCGUCGGAGGCUCUGCUUGAACGCGUCACCUAUGUUGUCGCAGAAGAGGGCCAGCGAACCCAAAAGAGGAUUAAUGAGCUUUUCACCAAAUUUCAGACGAGACUGGACGCGAAAAUCGACAGCGUGGUCAAACGUGUUGACGAUGUUGCGGCGGCUACCGACUCUGUCCCCACACGCUAUACCCUGACUGAAGAUGAAUAUUUUAACCAGGAGAUCUUUGGAAGAGAAGGAGAAGGCAUCCAACAAGCUUUGCAUCCUCCCUUCCAGUGUCCGGAUAUGAGCCCCUCUCCCACCGUGCCUACCUCUGUCGACUAUGUGAAAGCUGCAGACAUCAGGGUCAUCGCCGCACUGGGAGACUCUCUGACAACGGGUAUUGGUGCCAAUGACUCCACAAUUGCAUCAAUUUCUUUUGAGUUUCGUCACCUUUCUUGGAGCAUUGGAGGUUAUGGCACUUAUCAAGAUGUCAUUACCUUGGCAAACAUCUUUAAACUUUUCAAUCCUGAAUUACUGGGUCCAGCCCCGCAGCGGACAGUGCAUGGCCACCCUGCAACAGUUAAUGAGACAGGCUUCAACUUCGCUGUCACUGGACACAAUACCCUGAAUGUCUCUGACCAGAUAAGACACAUGAUUGACACGCUCAAAUCCUACCCUGGUCUGAACUUCCAAGAGGACUGGAAGUUGGUGACCAUGCUCAUCGGCAUGAACGACAUCUGUGAUUAUUGUAAAAAUGAAACACGGUUCUCCCCCGACAACUUCAUCCGCUACAUGACGGAGGCUCUGGACAUGAUGAUGAGUGAGGUCCCCAGGAUAAUUGUGAACGUGGUGCAGAUCCUUCCCAUGAAACCGCUGCGGGAGGUCACGAGACCCACUCUUGGGUGUCUGCUUCAGAGGAAGUUCUGCUCGUGCCUGGUCCGACCUAAAGAGAACUCCACCGAACUGAAGGAGCUGAUAGAGAUUAACCUUGAAUUCCAGAGGAGACUGGAGGAUCUGCUGCACAGUGAUCGUUUCCUCAAGAAGGACUUCGCGGUGGUUCUGCAGCCAUAUUUAAAGAAUGCAGGUCCACCAAGGCUCGCUGAUGGAUCCAUUGACCUGAGCUUCUUCGCGGCUGACUGCUUUCACUUCACUGUCAAGGGACACGAGGAACUGGCAAAAGGACUGUGGAACAACAUGUUCCAACCGAUUGGAGGCAAGGAGAUGAUAAAGACCUUUUCAGAGCCUGUAAAACUCAUCUGUCCAUCCAAGGAUCACCCCUACAUCUACACACGAAAGCAGCCUGUGUCCUCCGGCCCAGCAGUGACCCGACUCUCCAUGAUGGCGCUAACGCUGUUUCUGUCUUUGUCUGUGUUGAAUGGACCUCUGUAGCUCACAGGGUUGAUGCAAAACUAAAAGGACUCAGAAUUUGGGGUUUCUACAGCGAUCACCUGUGAUGAAAAACUCUAUACUGUAAGUAUGUAUUGUUGUACUGGAGGGCCUUUUGGAUAAUAAUAAUGUCUACCAUAUGUACCAUGUUACACUUGGUUGAUAUGAAUCACCAGCACACAUGCCAAUAUUGGUUAUCGAAAAGCCACUCCAUAGGUUUUGGGACUGAAAUAAUAAUAAUAAUCACAAGUAGUACUUUAGAAUUCAUGAUAAAGCCUCAGAAACCUUGGACUUGAACUUCAGAACAAUAUAAGAUUUUGAUAAUAGUAUAUUGAGUAAUAUAACUUUGCUUUAAAUCAAUAUUACCGGUAUUCAGUGUGAUUAAAAUAUUUUCUUCAAACGUUCUAUAGUAAUUAAUAUUUUCUGACUC